GGACGCGGCACGCGGAGCGCACCGCUCCGGAAACUCCGUGGGAUUUGGGGGCUUGUUAGUGAUAAAACGCGCACGCACCGAGCGGGUCUGCACUAGCGUGAGUCGCGGCUCGUUGACGUCCAUUGAGCCUCCCGGUGCGUUCAUUAAUUCCAGCCCGGUGUCAGUCGGCGGCUCCGCGUGAAGCCGUAGGCUGCGCGGCGCGUUACAGAUGCUGAGGAUUCUAUUUUUAUUAACGCUGCGCUAAUUCGAGCGGUGACUAUGCCGCUCCGCGUUGCGCUGCCCGGACCCGCGCCCUGACCCGCUCGUUCCCCCCGCUCGCCGCACCGCUAACCGAGCCGCAGCCCCCGCGGCGCGCACCGGUUCGCCCGCCGCCGCCGCCGCCGCCGCCGCCGCCGACCAUGGCCGCCCGCCGCGGCUGCGUGAACUCGCUGUGGUCGGGCUCGGAGCGCGUCCGCAUCGGAGAGCGGCUCAAGGCGACGCUGGCCGGCGUGCUGGAGCUGGAGCUGCUCAGGUGCAAACACCUGGCCCUGGUGGACGCCGCUCUGGAGGACCGAGACCCCGCCGACGCCACCGACGCCGGGGAGCCGCGGGGAGACGAGGGCAGCGGGACCCCGCAGAGCUCUGCGACAAGCCGCAGGCAACAGGCUCCCUCUCCAUCAGACGCGUCGGCGUCGCCGUGUCAGAGCAGCCUGGAGGACGGCGGCGACGCCAGCUCCCCCCCCUCAUCGGGCCGAGCCAGCGCCUCACGCUGGUCCACGCUGUCCUGGGACGCCCCCUCCGAGCUCCUCUCCCCCCCGACGCCAGACCCGGGCGGCGUGGUCCACCUGGACAGCGACUCCAGGCCCAGUUCAGGUUUCUAUUCGGUGAGUGGGAGCUCCCUGUCGGACUCUUGCUACUCUGUGUCCAGUGAUGCCGCUCAGGGAGGACCGGCGCCGGCGGCCCGGCCUCCCAAGUUCUGGGAGCAGGUCCCUCUGUCUGCGGACAACACAGACAGUCUGUGGUCAGAGAACGCAGUGCAGCAGCCGAAUGCACUGGAAAACAGCCCGGAAGACGCGGAGCCAGAAAGGAAGCAACGUUCAGCUUCGUGUGACCUCGAGGCGUGUGGUCUGAGCUUUCUGUCCGACCUCUGCUCAGGACUUGGCGACUCUGCGAUUGUUUCACUCCUUCCUCUUCUUGACUCGACCUCCUCUUCCUCAGCCUUCGCCCUCCACCCAAAACUGCAGCUGGACCCGCGAUACUGCUCAGACUUGGUUUCCCGUCGAACCAAGGAGGUUUACUCGUACCCGAGCCCGCUGCAUGCGGUCGCCCUGCAGAGCCCCCUCUUCACCUCCCAGAGCCAGGAGCACUCCGUCUCCCCUGAAGGGCCCCAACACAAUGAAUCGCUAGAGUCCAACACUGACCCAGCUCUGUCGCUCCAGCGCCAGCAGCCUCCCGCACUGGCCUCGUUCACCCAGCUGGAGCAGUACAUCUCUCGACUGGCUCAUCAGUAUCGCAGUAGAGUAAGCGCCUCCACGUCUGAUCUAACGUCAGCUGCGACCCCUUGUCCAGUCAUGCACAGAGGCCUUUGUACCCCUGGCAAACGUCACGGUUCAACUCAGUCUCUUUCUGCCUUUGAGAGCCGCAGUACGCCCGCCACCCUGCCAGGGGGCAGCAUCACUCCCUGCAAGUCGCUGCUGGGGAACUCUGCUAGAGUCAGCCUCAGCACCGCAGGGAAGAAAGCCACCAGGAACUCCAUCAACCUGGGUAACCUUCCUUCAGCAACCGGAGAGGACUUGAGCAUCAACCUGCAUCUCAACCUCAACUUGAACCUGAACCCGGCUUUAAAUUCUAGCCGAGGACCUGCAGAUAGUGCCAAAAAUGGCUCGUGUGGAGCUCUGAGAAGCGACUUGACAACUCCAGCUGCCUGUGCCUCAUCACUCGCCUCUACCACGCCAACCCCAGCACUUAGAACUCGCCCUCGCAUUUCAACCUGUCCAGGCAGCCUGAACCACCGUAGCUCUUUAGAAGUCACUCCAGGGCCAGGUCCGAGUCCAGGAUUCGGGUCGUCCCACUUCUGUCACUCUCUAGACUGGAGCAGCGGCGCUCCGCCUGAAGCUGGGCCGCAGGUGUUUGGCACAAAUGCUGGAUCUGCUCCCGGGUCUCAGCGCAGCAGCUUGAUCCAAGAGUCUAGCUGUAGCGCUAAGCUAAGUGAAGACUCCCCCAUGGUGGGAGAGAUCUCUCGCCUCUCUGGCCUGUCCAGAGCUGUUGUGGUCGGGCUGAUGGAACAAGGUGUGGAGCUGGAUAUUGACUGCUUUCAAACAGACACGACUGGUGAAGUGAGGGGUCACAGUAAAACUCACCUGACAGCCCAAACAGAGCAGUCGCAUGACUAUAAUAGACUGAAUGACCUGAACCCCCAGAGACCAAUACAGCUGUCGCUCAGUGUCACACACUCCCCACAGUCUCAGUCCAGUCUCACCCCUCCCCUUUCACACUCCAGCAGCCCCAUACACCCUUACCAGUCCAUCCAUAUUCCUUCUCCCCAUUAUGCCUCCCACUGCCACUACCAGCAAAUUCCUUCUCCAUCUGACCUUCCUUCUUCUACUGCAUCCUCCCCUGCAUCGCGUCCCACCCCCAGACGCCGCUCGCCUCCCCGGCCUCUCCAGCCGUCCCCCCAGGGUGCAACGCCGCUCUCCGUUUUCCGUCGAGAUGCACCUUUCCAGUGCUCCCUGCCCCGCACCAGGACCUCUCCUUUGGAGCACGGUGGGAUACAACCAAGGGGCGGUUCGCUUCGGCAGAGUGCAGGCGGCGCUGGGUGGAAGAGGGCGGAGGGAGAGGGGCUCUACAGAGGGAAGCAUGCGUCACACAAGCUGAUCAGGGCAGCCACCGUCAGCAGCUACGCCAAGAGAGACGACUACAGUUCUGUUUGGAUCGAGGAGGAGCGAACAGCUGCCCAAACGCCGAAAAAGGCUUCCAACAAACUGUGGAAGGGCUUUGAGGGACGCCUCUGGGGAAAAGAGUCUGAAAGCGAACGGGAGGAGAUGGACAGAGCGGAGUAUGGCUACGGGUGGAGGAGGAACAGCGUUGGGAGCUGGAGGAAGGAGCACAGGAGGGUGAAGACUCCAUCCAGUAGCCAUGACACGAGACCAGAAGUGGACAACUCCCCGAUCUUCUCAAAGAGGAGGGCGAAGGAAGACGGGGAGAGACACAGCUCCAGCCUCAGGCUUUCCAGGAGGGCUCUGUUCAGGAGCGAGUCCCAGGGAUUGCUUGUGCCGCGUAAUCACAGCGAGGAGGCGUCAAGGCGCUCCCACUGGGUGUCCUCCUUAGACGUGGGCCAAGGGGGCAUGAGCAUUAGAAAAGACGAAGGGGUCAGACUGCUGCGAGCGAAGGAGGACAAACGCUUGUCUUCCACUGCCAGCCUGUUCAACCUGUCCCGCUCACAGAGCCUGGAGGGCAGCUGCCACUCGCUCUCCCCUCUGUCCUCGCCGUCCUUCUCUCCGUCGCCCCCCCCGAGGAUGCCCCUCCAGCGCUCUCGGUCGCUGAGGGACUUGGGGAAGAGAGUGUUUGGCUCCAUGCGGUCCUUGAGUCUCAAACGGAAGCCAUCCAAGAAGUGACGCUUGUACAGUAAAUUAUCACAGUAGACGAUUCUUCCUCAUUAACGUUCACACCUGCAAUGGCCGGUAUUGAAUGUCAUGGUAAAUGAAAGCGGCAUCGUCUUUGGCCUCAGACUUCAGAGAACGAUGAUUACUAAAGACAAACUGGCUACGACGUCUGCCUGCACUUUCAUCUACCGACACAAUGGAAGUUCCGCUCAGGCACACAAGUGUAAAACCGAUCAUUCAUUUCAUAUAUUCUAGUAAAGUUUUUGUAAAUGUUUAAAGACUUUUUACUGGCUCUCAACAUUACAGAAUCUGACUCUCCAGCUGCGUCUGAGUUCUCCGUAGCCAAAACAUUGCACAGUCACAGACUCUUCCCUGACGAUGGAUCAUUUAAAAUGUAUCACAGCAGAUGUCCUGCAGGAGGCAGUGCAGUCGAUGAGAAGAGGCAAGACAUUCGUGAUAACUUUAUUUAGGGGUGAAUCAUUAACUCUUAGACCACAGUGUUGACCACAGAGGUUUUCUUCCAUAGUGAGAAUGUUGUUCAGAAUCCUUCAUGGCAGAAACGUAGCGCCAUCAUAAAAACACUAAAUAUGACCACAUCGUAGUGGCUAUAAGCAGCUUCAUUACAUAUUAGUUGCACUCCUAGCCAUGAGUAUGAAUGUCUGUGUACGCUCUCCCUGCAUGCUGCUCUGUAACUUGUUCCAUUAAUAUAAUUAUUGUGAGAAUGUGAUAUUUCUCGUCGUUAAUGAGGCACUAUUGCCUCAGAAGUACAAUCAUAUUGGCCAGAUAAUGACCAAACCAAGCAAAUACUCUUUAACUUGAUAUUGUGCUCAGGAUUUUCAAAUAAAUAUUGAAUGGUGAAACUAUCCAGCUA